CAAACCACUAAUCUAACUUAUGGAGCUGCACGUCAGACACUGAUGCAGUUCUCGAGACAAUAUAGCCAGAAUAUUGCAGGAAAUGUAAGGCUGCAUAAAAGACUACACAAACAGAUUAACAGUCACAUUUGUCACUGGCAGAGAAACUAGGUGUUCAGAAACCAGGCCUCCAGGGACUGAAGCGAAAUAAAAAGGGUUGUGAUGAGCUACAUGUGUAUGCUACAUGUCAACAAAAGCAAUUGCAUGACAGCUAAUGAAUUUAUGAAGAAUAUCUGAUCAGGCAACAAGCAAUAUGAGCAGCAAUGUCAACCGUUGACCAUCACUACAUUGUAUUCUCAUCAUCAGAAUGAUGUCUUAUCUAGAAAAGAAUCUAUCAUAUAAUACAACAAACAACUUGAGCAGCUGUGAUCUGCCAACAGAACUUGUAGGAGUCUCUGCCACAAUGUUAAUCCUAGCCACUGUUUUGGGGACAUUAUCAAAUAUAUUCAUUAUUGGAGUCUUCAUAUGGGAGCGUAGUCUACGUACUCCAGUUCACUCCCUGAUGUUCACACUCGCUAUUGUGGAUUUUAUUCAUUGUGCUGUGCACACAACAUCUUUACUGUUACGCAUUCUUGGCUCCAGCUGGAUAACGCCUGACGUGCAUACCUCAAUAUGCAAAGUAGCAUUUACCUGCUCGACCUUUACCAACAUGGAGAAUGUUUUACUGAUAGGGGCACUCUCCAUAGCAAGAUAUACACAAGUGUCCAAGCACCACCAGAUACAUUUCAAGUCUGUUUUGUUGUAUAUAGCAUUUACUGUGAUUCUGGAAAUCUGUUUCGUCACAUACACAGUAUUCUAUCCAGUGCUUAUGACGGGAGUGUGUACGUGUUCAGAGCAGGACAGAGAUUAUAGUCUUCACAACAACUGGGUGCCCAUCAUAUUUCUUUGUAUGUUCACAGUCUGUGGCAUCAUCAUGUUGGUUUACUACCUAAAGCUCUUGCAAUUAAUCAAACUGCAUCGCUCUGCUAUUGCCUCUUUAAUCAUUCACACUAACAAACUGGACAGAUCAGUGUUUCGAUCAAUGCGUCUAUUAACAAUUAAUUUCAUAAUCACUUAUCUACCACUGGCCAUUCUGAUUCCAAUCUUAAUAUCAGGCCCUCUCUCACAGACAGUCUAUGAGAACUGGGUUUUGUAUGGUGGCUUUGCACUAAACUCGCUAGGCCAUGCAGUUGAUCCUCUCAUUUACGGCCUUUAUUCCAGCCAUUUCCGAAAAGCUUUCAAGAAAUGUUGCCUGCCUCUAUGGAGGAAGUGCACCAUACUUGGAAAACAUAACCAAGUUUCUACUAUCAAUAUGGCAAGUUCAGUAGCAGAUAUUUCAUUUCCUUUAGGCAAUCAGGUUCAGAGCUAAUCAAACUACACUUAUACAUUAUUUUUGUUCUAAUUACUCUUUGAGCUUAAUUUAUAUGAGGAGAUUUUAUAUUGAAUCUCUUAAUUCAGUUUACAAAAGAGGAAUUAUCUUAAUUCCUGUUGACUGAUAAUAGUGAUAAUUAUGAUAAUAGAUAAUAAUAUUGUAAAAUGUCAGGCAGAGAAUAAUUAGAUUAUAACAACCAUACAUAAAAUGUUGCAUGUAGAGAGAAUAAUAAUAAAUAUCUGACAUGAGCGAGAAGCAUAUGUCACUUGUACAUGUACAAUCUCCAUACAGGUGAUGCAGAAAAAUGGUAUUAUUCAUACUGUGCAGUGAACUGAAAUGAUAUUAGGUCACAAGAUCAACAAAUCUCGUUUAUAUGCAAGUUGCCUCGAUGAAAUAUGAUGUUCAUCUUUCUAAUUAUAACAAUG